CCCGUUCCCCCGGCAGCUACAUGGGAGCCCGCUGCCAGGCACAGCCGAGCGCGCAGCCCCCGCCGGCCCCUACAGCCCGAGCAGCUGACUGAAUGGCUGUCGCGGUGGGGAACUCACGGAGGAGGUGCUGAAGGUUUGGAAACAAAACCACAGAAGUUUAACACACAAGAUGAGCAAGGUUGAGUUUUGUAAGCAUUAAGACCAGCAGACAAGUCACAGUUCAGACUAUCAUCAAAUAGGAAGAACUGACCUAACCUGGGCCUUUCGUUCUUUAAACAGUAUUGUAAUAGAAGAACGAGGAUUAAGCCCUGCUUAAGAAGACGGGUAUUUCACUGGAUACAGCUGCUCAUCUCUUUGCUUGCCCUGGGACUGUUAGUCUCCCUGCCUCACGUGUGUUUUCCGGCUGCUGCCAUUCACAUUUGCUGCACUUUGUCAGCUUAAACAGCACUGCACGAAGGGUGCCCUACAAACUCUGACUACAACCAGUGAUAGCGCAGUGCAAGGCCUGGCCAGAAGAAAAUUCACAUACAUACGUGGAGCUUCUUCCAUGGGCUCCAGAAUCCCACCAUGACUUCCAGAGAUGUACCUCAGCAGCUGGGAACAUCUGACAGACACCAAUGUGGCCUCUGGCUGAGCUCAUACGUGCUCUCAGGACAUGGUGACCGCAGUUUACUACAGAGCUCUAAGAACAAGCUCAGCCCACUGCAGUGGAUUUAGCUCAUCUUCCCCUAUGGUUUGUAGUUUGUUUUCACAGCCUUUUUCCUCUCCGUACCUUCUCAGGAUCAGUUUCCUCACCGGGUUUCUAGAAGGGCCACAGAUACCAGCAAAGUGCUCCUGUGAACACACAAACAUGCUGCCUUUCUCCUUGGUCACUAAUUCUAAAGCAGUGUGGUUUAAUUCUUCAGAUAAACGCAGCACUCUGAGCAGUAUGGUGGGAGACUGCAUCUCGUACCAUUCGGCAUACGGAAGGAACAGGUAUUGGGCAGCUGUGCCCUGCCUUUAAGCUGGUCGGGACAUGAGAAGCACGGGGCCUCCUGAAACCAUUGGAGACAGGAAAAUCUCCUGUUCAGGGAUAAGUAUUACGGAAAGCAACUGCAUGUUAAGAAGAGAAACCAUGUGUCAGUGGUAGGGUUCUGUAUCUGAUACUGUCUGUAACUAAGUGAGGCAUAGGCAGACUGUAUGAAGAGAGAAAUUAAUAUAAUAGUAAUAAAAAAAAUCAUGGAAUACUCUGAGUUGUAAGGAAUGUACAAGGAUCACCGACUCCAACCCCUGUGGCUCCACACAGGGCCACCCAGCAAUCAGUCCACACGUGUGAGAGAGGUGCCCGUACACCCCUUGAUUUCCACUGCCCCCUGGGCAGCCCGUUCCGUGCCCACCGCCCUCUGGUGCAGCCCCCUUCCCUAACCCCCAGCUGCCCCACCCCUGACAGCUCCACGUCGUUCCCUUGAUAAAGCAGCGAUCCGAAUGCUGCUGUUGAACGCAAGGAACACCCACGAAACCUGUUCCCGACAGAUUCGAGGGCACGACGUUUGUGAGGCAGGCGGCUCACCACAGCCAGUGCGGAGGGUCUCCAUCCCGGCGGGCCCACAGCCCCGCGGGAGCGUUGGGUGCAGCAGGCGGGGUUCAGCUUCCAGGUUCAGCGUAGACCGCCGGGACUCCUGAAAGCGGCAGCAGCUGAAGCAGCUCUGGGGCUGGAGAGCGGCAGGGAAAACACGACGUACGCUUGCGGAGUUCUCCCUUGUUUCCCCGGUACCUGCGCGGUUACUUUUGGAAACAAGUCGUAGCUUAAAAAGGCUUACGGCAACCGCACGCGUGUUACAUCGAACUUUUAUUCCCUCCAGUUCCGCAGUUCAGCAAUUCCAGAGCGGAUCUGGGCGGUACAACCCCUUACACCCCUCCCCCCGCUUCCCCUCAGCGCUCCGACCGAAGAAGGCCGGCAGCGGGACCGCCCCGGGAGGCGCGGCGCGGCGCGGCGGGCCCCUCCUCUUCCUGCGCUGCGGCUGUAGCUACCCCGCUCGCCGGCUGUCCCCUCGCACAGGCGGCGCGGCUGUGGCGGCGGGCUGUUGCCGGCUCCUCUCGCCCCCUCCCCUCGGAGAGGCGGGGCCGGCGGCGCGGCCAUGCUGCUCGGCGCGGCGGUCCGGCGGGGCCGGGCCGGGGGAGGCGCGGCCCGGCGGUGGCGGAGCGGGGCGGCGCCGCGGAGGGAGUGGGUGCCGCCGGCGGGCCGGGCCUGCGGCGUGGUGGCCUACAACAGCCGGAGCCGCAGCAAAGAGCCGCUGGUGCUGGCCAAGGACGGCGUGGCCACCUGGUACAGCUGCGGGCCCACCGUGUACGACCACGCGCACCUCGGGCACGCCUGCUCCUAUGUUAGGUUUGAUAUAAUCCGAAGGAUAUUGACUCGUUUUUUUGAAACUGAAGUUAUCAUGGUGAUGGGGAUUACAGACAUAGAUGACAAGAUCAUAAGAAGAGCCAAUGAGAUGAAUAUAUCGCCAGUGGCUCUUGCCCGUAUUUAUGAAGAAGACUUUAAACAAGAUAUGGCAUCCUUAAAGGUCCUUCCUCCAACAGUAUAUAUGAGAGUGACUGAAAACAUUCCUCAGAUAAUUUCCUUCAUAAAGACAAUAAUUGCUAAUGGGCAGGCUUAUGCAACUUCGCAAGGCAAUGUUUAUUUUGAUGUUAAUUCUUGGGGAGAAAGGUAUGGAGUAUUAACUGCUGUUUCUCCUGAUACACAAGGUGAAGCAGUCGAUACCGAUAAGCGGCAUGGUAGAGAUUUUGCCCUGUGGAAAGCUGCCAAACCUCAAGAGUUAUCGUGGAGUUCUCCAUGGGGAAAGGGAAGACCUGGGUGGCACAUUGAAUGCUCCACGAUAUCAAGUGCAGUGUUUGGAAAGCAGCUGGACAUCCAUACCGGUGGAAUAGAUCUCGCAUUUCCUCAUCAUGAAAAUGAAAUUGCGCAGUGCGAGGUGUAUCAUCAGUGUGAGCAGUGGGGGAAUUAUUUUUUGCAUUCUGGGCAUUUGCACGUUAAAGGAAGUCAAGAAAAAAUGUCUAAGUCGUUAAAGAACUACAUAACAAUUAAGGAUUUUCUGAAGAAAUUCUCCUCGGAUCAGUUCAGGAUGUUCUGUUUGCGCAGCAGAUACAGCUCAGCUGUAGAAUUUAGCGAUGAGACCAUGAAUGAUGCCAAGAACGUUCUCCAGGCAAUCUCCUCAUUUAUUAGAGAUGCAAAUGCUUAUAUAAAAGGACAGCUGGUGUGUGACCCUGUUAGAGAAGACGUACUGUGGGAAAGGCUGGCCAGCACAAAGGUAAACGUGAAGGCUGCGUUUGCAGAUGACUUUGACACCUCCAGGGCUGUUGCAGCAAUUAUGGACCUCAUUCACCAUGGCAACAGACAGCUUAAGGCUGUUACUAAGGAUGCUGUAUCUCCCAGAAGCUCGGUUGUGUAUGGGAGCAUUACUUCCUAUAUAGAAAGCUUCUUCAAUGCCCUCGGGAUGUCUUUGGAAGAAAGGCAGGUUGCAGUGGGAGGAGGAAAUACAGCUCUGCUCUCAAAUGUGAUGGAUGAGCUCGUGAGCUUCCGCACAAAGGUCCGUAACUACGCUCUUGUGCUGCCGGAAGCCACAGAGGCUGUGCAAAUGGAGGAAGGUGCCGUGGGAGCAAAAGGACCAAAACAAGAACAGAAAGAGAAGAGACGGCAGCUGAUGCAGGAGAGAAAACCCCUCCUGGAGGCCUGUGACAGCCUGCGUGGGGACCUGGCUGCUUUCGGAAUCCACAUCAAGGACAGAAGCACGGCUUCGACGUGGGAAAUGGCGGAAGGUGGGCGAGCAGAGCAGCAGGCUGAGGAGAAAAGCUGAGCCUUCAGCGCUGGACUUGUGGUUUUGGCUGCUGUGUUGUAAAUACUGCUACUAUCCUAAUAAAGUAUAAGGUGUGAUCUUUUCAA